AUGCAAUUCAUCACCAAAGCUAGAAAUUUCGAAAGAAAUUCCGUUGGAAGAUUCAAGCUCUUUCCAAAGCAUCAUUCAGCAAAUAAAUCUUUUAUAUGACAACAUUGAAAAGCAAGAACAAAAAAUAAACAGCCUAAUAGAGCACAUAGAGAAUCAUGAAAAAUUCCAAUUUCAUACAAUUGAAAGACUAUCCCAACACCUCAAUAA